CUCUUGUCCCAACCCACCCACAGGGGCCCCUCCUCUACAUCUCUGAGGCUCAGCUUUUCGUCACCAAACUUCCCCUCCCACCUAGGUCUCGUCCCCGCCUCCUCCACCCCCCAGCCUCCUUCCAGACGCCCUAGGCGCUCAGGCAAAGCCAGCUGCGCGUUGCGGGGGAUGCGUUCCAUGAGGGUUCUGCAGAAUGCUCUGAGCCAGGCCGGCAGUCCCUGCCGGCGUGGGGGCUGGGGUCACCUAAGCCGGAGUCCUCUCCUUGGCGGGGGCGUCCGGCACCACCUCAGUGAGGCGGCGGCGCAGGGCAGGGAGAUACCGCACAGCCACCAGCCGCAGCACCAAGAUCAUGAUUCAUCAGAGAGUGGCAUGCUGUCUCGCCUGGGUGAUCUGCUCUUCUACACUGUUGCCGAGGGACAGGAACGAAUUCCUAUCCACAAGUUCACUACUGCAUUGAAGGCCACUGGUCUGCAGACGUCAGAUCCCCGGCUCCGGGACUGCAUGAGCCAGAUGCGUCGUAUGGUUCGAGAGUCCAGCAGUGGUGGCCUCUUAGACCGAGACCUCUUCCGAAAGUGUGUGAGCAGCAACAUUGUGCUCCUGACCCAGGCAUUCCGAAAGAAGUUUGUCAUCCCUGAUUUUGAGGAGUUCACGGGCCAUGUGGAUCGCAUCUUUGAGGAUGCCAAAGAGCUCACUGGAGGCAAAGUGGCGGCCUACAUCCCUCAGCUGGCCAAGUCAAACCCAGACCUCUGGGGAACCUCCUUAUGCACCGUGGAUGGUCAGCGGCACUCUGUGGGCCACACCAAGAUCCCUUUCUGCCUGCAGUCUUGUGUGAAGCCCCUCACCUAUGCCAUCUCUGUAAGCACCCUAGGCACUGACUAUGUGCACAAGUUCGUGGGCAAGGAGCCCAGCGGCCUACGCUACAACAAGCUCUCCCUCAAUGAGGAAGGAAUCCCCCAUAACCCCAUGGUCAAUGCUGGUGCCAUUGUCGUGAGCUCCCUGAUCAAGAUGGACUGUAACAAAGCAGAGAAGUUUGAUUUUGUGUUGCAGUAUCUGAACAAAAUGGCUGGAUACGAAUAUAUAGGUUUCAGCAAUGCCACAUUCCAGUCCGAGAAGGAAACGGGGGAUCGAAAUUAUGCCAUUGGCUAUUAUCUCAAGGAAAAGAAGUGCUUUCCUAAGGGGGUGGACAUGAUGGCUGCCCUUGAUCUCUACUUCCAGCUGUGCUCUGUGGAGGUCACCUGUGAAUCAGGCAGUGUCAUGGCAGCCACCCUCGCCAAUGGGGGGAUCUGCCCCAUCACAGGAGAGAGUGUGCUGAGCGCUGAAGCAGUGCGCAACACACUCAGCCUCAUGCAUUCCUGUGGCAUGUACGACUUCUCUGGCCAGUUUGCCUUCCAUGUGGGCCUACCAGCCAAGUCAGCUGUGUCAGGAGCCAUCUUGCUGGUGGUACCAAAUGUCAUGGGAAUGAUGUGUCUGUCACCGCCACUGGACAAGCUGGGGAAUAGCCACAGGGGCAUUAGCUUCUGCCAGAAGUUGGUGUCUCUCUUCAAUUUCCACAACUAUGACAACCUGAGGCACUGUGCUCGGAAGUUAGACCCACGGCGUGAAGGGGGAGAAGUUCGGAACAAGACUGUGGUAAACCUGUUAUUUGCUGCCUAUAGUGGAGAUGUCUCAGCUCUUCGAAGGUUUGCCUUAUCAGCCAUGGACAUGGAACAGAAAGACUAUGACUCCCGCACAGCCCUGCAUGUUGCUGCAGCUGAAGGACACACUGAAGUUGUUAAGUUUCUGAUUGAGGCCUGCAAAGUGAAUCCUUUUGUCAAGGACAGGUGGGGCAACAUUCCCCUGGAUGAUGCUGUGCAGUUCAACCACUUGGAGGUGGUCAAGCUGCUUCAAGAUUACCAGGACUCCUACACACCAUCCGAGACUCAGGCUGAGGCAGUGGCAGAGGCCCUGUCCAAAGAGAACUUAGAAAGCAUGGUGUGAGCAGAGGGCAUGGACACAGUCCCUCAAGGAAAGGCACGAGCUGGCCACAUACUUAACCCAUAACCACCAAAAAUGUUAUGGAGAGCUAUACUGCUUCAGUGAGGACCAAGAAAGUCAUUUGGUGACUGAGGCCAAUGCUUUCUGUGAGAGUCAAAAUACCCCAUUCCCUUGAUAGACAGGGUGCAGAAAAGGGUCUCAGUAGACACUUGCAAGUGAUCUACCCACAGAGACUGGACUUGAGGUAUAGCCUAAAGGCUUGGCCCACUCAAAACCACCCCAGGUCCCCUCUUCCUCUACCUAAAGAAACCAUCCUGACAGAUACUGAUGGAGGGGGUCCAGCUACCAUACACAUGUGUAUACAUAUCCCAGAGGAAGAGAGAGGAGGGCCUAUGCACCUGGAGAGAUCUGCCCCAUUAGCCAGGACAUGCUGCUACUGCUAACAGCAUUUUUAUAGACAGAGAAAGUAUUUUGUGGUCAAAUAAACUUUAAUUAUACAAAU